ACGACUUUUCAGGUGUCGAACUACUUGACGAUCGUCAGUAUCUGUCUGAACGUCCGGAAUGCCGGUUGGUGUAUAGUUCUGAUGUAAUAAUAUCCAUAAAUACGCAUUUUGCUUUGAAAAAUCUCACAGCGCAAAUCAAGAUGAAGUUUGACUACUCUCCUAAACGUCCCGUCGCCACCGAGCAAGAAGUCAACGAAGUGCGACUUUUGGUGAAAUCCUGCAUACUGACAAGAAAGGGCGGCAUGCCUAUCUCCGACCUCCGCGACGAAUAUAAAAACUUAACCGAUGAAGAAAUACCGUUUUACAGGCUAGGCUACAAUAGCCUGUUUCAUUUUUUACGUGACUUCCAGGACGUAAGGUCCGACCGAAAUGAAGAAGGAGCCCAUGUUCUGGUGGUAAAAGAAAACCAACAGAACAAGCACCUAAUGGAGCUCAUUAAGAAGCAAAAGGACCCGAAGACUAACAGUAGGCCAUCGUUUAGAAAACGUCCACGGAGGAACGAUAGCUAUAGGCGAAGCGAGCGACAGAAAAUUCUGGACGAUAGGAGAAGGAAACCAGUGGAGGAGGAAAAAGAAGAGACAAACAACUGGCGGCUGGUAGAACCACCUGUCGAUGAGAAUUUGGAGCGGCCGACCAUUUAUACAUACUACUAUUUCGAAGAUGAUUUGGCGAUCUGCACCGAGCCAAUUAUAGGCAAAACGCAACUCAUAGGCGACGAUUACUUUCUACAGUUGUGCAUCAAGUAUAUGCAAUAUGAUCUGCUACGAAAGACGCUAAAAUCGCCGAUAUCCUGCGGGACCGUUCAAUCCGGUCUGACUAUUCGUAAAGCCUGCAAACGCCUCGACAAAAUCGAAUCGAUGUCCAGUAAACUGGUCAUCAACUUGGGGACAGUUGACAUUUACAACCGCAACACGGAUGAGGAGAUGGCGAAUGAUAUGAUGGGUCUUUUGAAGAAACUAAACACCAAGUACGGGUACUCGUCGCAGCAGAUAACGCUGUGCACGCUCCCACCCAUGGGGAACAUAAGCAUGUUUGGGGAGCGCGACAAAUAUCUGAACAUGCAUUCAUACAAUAACUGGAUCCGCAGAUUCGCAGCCAAGAAUAAUUAUCAACUACUGGAUCUGUACGACUGCUUCACGGACGAUAAUGGAUGCAUCGACUACCAAUAUUUCCAACAAGAUGCGCGAAUGGUGUCGGGCACAUCACAUCCCCACGUGCUGUUCAACUAUUUUGGGCGACAGCAGAUUAUGCGGCUUAUACUAAAUUUAAAGUAAUAUAAGUGCAGCUUGAUGUAAUUUUUGUACAAUUGUGUAGCGAUUUUUAGCGUAGGAAUAAGUGCAGCGACAUCAUUUUUAAAAAUUAAUCAAAUUUUAAGCGAAUUAUAAAAAAUAGUAACCUUUAUAUUUUCGUCUUAUAUCGACUCACAUGAACAUUAUAUAGUCUAAGAAAGAAAUAACGAAAUUUCAAAAAAAUUAGCUAUCGUACGCCAAGCUAAUUUUUUUGUAAAUUUCGUAAAUCUUUGGUAUUGUAAAUAUUGCGAACGAUUCAUUGUGAGAAUGUGAUGACAACAGUUUUGCGAUUAUUUUGUUGAAUAUAAUAAAAUGCGAUUUUAAAUUA